AUGGGUGAGGGUAAUGAAGGCGAAGACAAGGGAAAACCAGGAGAGCAGCUGAAAGAAGCAGAGCCGAAAUCAAAAAUAGUACUAUCAGUACAUACACCACCACCUGCAAAGGACAAGGAACCACCGAAAACCGAUCAAGGUCCCAUUGUGUUCGACAAGAAUGCUUGUCCAAAACCGACUCCCAGACUUGUUAUUUUCAAAGUGACCCAAGAAAAGAAACCAGUAUGGAGUGAGAUUAAUGUACAAAAUCCAAGCAAUAAUCAAAAAACAUUCAAGUCACACUGGCAAUUUAGAAUCUUUGCUUACCUUUUCUAUGAAUUCAAUUCAAGGAAAACGCCUUGAUGAAAAAAAAACUAUGGAAAAUUCAGGGUAUCAGUCGUGUAA